AGGUGCUAAGAAAAAGGGCGUCAUGGCAGCACCUCGAUUCAUUCGCAGAGAAAAUGCUUUUCUUCUAGACGUAGGCAAUUUCCUUUGGGAACAGAAAAAAACGUUUCUAACUUGACCUGCAUGAAAUACGUACUAUAGCCCUAAUACGCAAUACUUUUUGCAGGACCCAAGAAUCGGAAAUCGGAGGUGAGGACAAGAGUUGUGGUCAUCGGUGACAAAUAUACUUGACUUGUCUUUUCCUUAGUUUCAAUUCUCAAUCUGUACAGAAAUCGAGAAUGUUCGAUUUCUGUCGUUGAUUGGUACCAUAGUGUCGAAGACUGUAAUAGAGAAUGUCCAAACUGUUCCGAGCCGUGAUAAUGGGCCCUCCUGGCUCGGGGAAGGGGACCAUUUCUGAAAGAAUUGCGCAAAGAUUUGCCCUGACACAUCUGUCCAGUGGGGAUUUUCUUCGGGAGAAUAUAGCUGCGAAUACAGAGGCUGGUAUAUUGGCCAAGACCUACAUAGAUAGGGGUCUACUGGUGCCGGACCAUGUUAUGACACGGCUCUUACUGCCAAAGCUGGAGGAGAUGACUCGCCACAGCUGGCUGAUGGAUGGGUUUCCCCGUACCCUGGCCCAGGCCAAUGCCCUGAACAGUACCUGUGACCUGGAUCUGGUCAUUAGCCUCAACAUUCCCUUUGAGACCCUGAAGGAGAGGCUGAGUGAACGCUGGGUCCAUCCAGCCAGCGGCAGGGUCUACAACAUGGGCUUCAACCCCCCACGCAUACAGGGAAGGGAUGACAUCAGUGGGGAGCCACUGAUCCAGCGUGAGGAUGACCAACCAGAGGCUAUAGUGUCCAGACUGAGGCACUACAAGGACUUGGCUAAGCCUGUCAUAGACCUGUACAGGUCAAAGGGCAUCCUGCACAAGUUUUCUGGGACAGAGACAGACAGGAUUUGGCCAUACAUCAACUCUCUCCUCAGUACCAAGAUCCCCAGCAUAUCACAGACAGUAACUCAGCACGCCCCGCUGCCCUGAGCAGAGCGGAGAUGAAACAGCAGAAGCUCUGACCAUACACAGGGGCGUUAUUUUAUUAAAGACAUUGGUUGUGAAAAUGUCUGCAAGGCAAGGAGCCCCUAGCUUUGCAGUUAUCUAUGGACCAAAGCUUGUCUGCAAAUAAAUUCCUUUGCACAAAAUAAAACAAGGGUGUAUAGUUUCACCCCUCAAGGGCUGCAGUUGGUUUUCAUCGUCACCUUUUAACCAGAUAUUUUCACUUAAAUGAUUGUUACAUUCCAAAUACUGUAAAACUAGCUUUAAGGAUGGUCCUAUAACACAACUAUAAUGAAUUGGUCUAUAACCAAAAACAAUGACAGAAUUGUUUCUCUGAGUUUUAGUCCAGGCCUUAAUAUUUGUAAUGUUUGUUGAAAGAAAAUGUAGCUAAUGAAAGUGUUCAUCUCAAUCACUGUAUUAGAAAAUGGAUGUGUGGUCAGUGGUUGGACGCAGUUUCUGGGACAUUGUGUCUUGCGUCUCCUGUUACAUUUCAAUAACACAAUAUGCAAAAAACUGCUUUUGUAAAUGGUAGUUGCUUCGGUAUGUAUAUGAAAACCCAAUUGUGGUGAAUGAGUGGCUAGGAAGCUUCUCAUACGCUGUAUAUUACCCCACCAUAUUGUGUAAUACCAAACCCUGGUGGACAUUUUCCUGGACAUAGAUUUUACUUAAUGCUAUAUUGAAAGACUUCGUCAGUAAAAAAAUCCGGACUAGGCCUAAUGUGUUUUUUUGAAACUGGCCCUAAAUGUUUUCUUUUCAGAAAUCAUGUUGCUGUCCAAACUCUGCCGUAUUCCAAGAAAAAUAAAACAUAUUUUCCCAGAA